UUGGGGUUUUGGCCGUGCGUGGCAUGAUUCCUGCCGGACUCGCGCGGUGAACCCGAUGCUGCGCCUACAGUCCAUCGGCGAGAGGCUGCUGGCCCUCGGAGCAAACAGGCGGGCGGCCCAUUUUUCCCAGUCGAGGCACCUCAGCGGCUACUACGCAGCAGCGAGGGACAAUGGCCUGUCGACGAGGCGAACCAUCCCAGCCGUCUUCUCCAGGAUGGUUUCGCAUUACAAGGUCGUCGCCAGAAAGAAGGCCGAGGAUUACAGCCGCAGACACAUGGCUUUCUCCAGAGGCUACGGCUCCUUCUCUGCGGCAGUGUCGAAUUCGUCUGCAAGACAGCAAGCCCAGCUGGCGUUUAGGCGGCUCGCUCACACGUACACGUACCGCGGUCCCCGCAUCCCGCUGAUGAGCCGAGCAGCCUGUGCUGUCACUUUGUCUGUAGCGAGAUCGCAUAUCAUCCCUGGGUUCAUGGCUCUGGCUUUUGGGAAGAUGGCCUUGUCGCGGCCCGUCCUGGCUGACUCGCGGCCGCCCGUGCCCAGAAUGGAAGGAAUUGUCACCAAGACGCGGGAUACUGGCCAGUUCCUGUCGUCCAUGCUUCGUUCAGUCUGGGAGAGUAUUACCUUGUUUAUGAGAGCACUUCAUCUGGCGUUCCUCUUCUUCCCUGCAACUGCAUUGGCUCCAUUUGCUGAUAGGUUCAGCGUAGAGUUCAGAAGAAGGUGGCUUUCUCUGGUACGGCGCACCCUCGAAAAGGCUGGACCAGCAUUCAUUAAGUGGGGUCAAUGGGCUGCGACACGUCCCGAUCUCUUUCCAAGUGAUCUCUGCGUUGAGCUUGCAAAGCUUCACAGCGGAGCUCCGGUGCAUGGUUUCGCUUACAGCAAAGCUGCCAUCGAGAAGGCAUUCGGUCGUAAGCUUUCUGAAAUAUUUGAGACUUUUGAAGAGGAUCCUGUAGCUUCCGGAAGCAUUGCACAAAUACAUCGGGCUACAUUGAGAAUUAAAGAAGACUCUGACUCUGACUCUGCGAAAAAGAAGAAAAAGAAGAAGAAAAAUCAACCUACUGUAAAGCAUGUUGCAGUUAAGGUCAGGCAUCCUGGUGUGGGAGAAUCAAUCAAGAAGGACUUCUUACUCAUCAAUUCUUUGGCAAAAAUUUCGAAUGCUGUCCCUGGAUUGAGCUGGCUAAGGCUGGAUGAGAGUGUCCGCCAGUUUGCAGUUUUCAUGAUGUCUCAGGUUGACCUUUCCAGGGAAGCUGUUAAUUUAGGUCGUUUUAUACACAACUUCCGGAGAUGGAGACAUGUUUCUUUCCCAGAGCCAUUAUAUCCGCUUGUGCAUCCAGCAGUCCUUGUCGAGUCAUUUGAGAAUGGAGAAAGUGUUGCUCGCUUUGUCGAUGAAAUUGAAGGGCAUGCUCGGGUGAAGAAAGACCUUGCCCAUAUUGGGACAUACGCAUUCUUGAAGAUGCUUCUGGAGGACAAUUUUAUUCACGCGGAUAUGCACCCAGGAAACAUUCUUGUCCGUGUAAAUGAGAGCAAGAAGAGGAAUAUAUUUUUCAGAUCUAAACCCCAUAUUGUUUUUCUUGAUGUUGGCAUGACUGCUGAGCUCUCUGGAAACGAUCGUGAUAACUUAAAACAAUUCUUCAAGGCAGUUGCUAUUAGAGAUGGGCGUACUGCUGCAAAGUGUACACUACAAUUAUCAAAAAACCAGAACUGUCCAAAUCCAGUGGCCUUUACUGAGGAAUUGGAUAAGACAUUUGCUUUCUGGGGAACACCGGAGGGGGACGUUUUUCAUCCUGUUGAAUGCAUGCAUCAAUUGCUCGACACAGUUCGUCGCCACAAAGUCAACAUUGAUGGCAACAUCUGUACUGUAAUGGUUACCAUUUUGGUUCUUGAGGGGUGGCAACGCAAGCUAGACCCACGCUUUGAUAUCAUGGAGACGUUGAAGACUCUACUAAUAGAGAAGGAAGUAAAACAACCACCAAUGGAUUAUUUUGGAUAAAUCCAUUGGUGCUUCUCAAUUAUCGAAGUACGAGGAUCAGAUAAGCAGCGAAAGAUGAUGGCAGCAUGGAGCAGAAGUUGGAAUAUCUAACUUGUGAAGCAAAUUAAACUAAUACCCAAUGCUGUUACGCACUUAUUCUGCCUCUCCUUUUUGAAAGUAGGGUUAGAUGCAACUUGCUGCACUGGGUACAGUUUGACAACCUUCAGUGCGAAAUUUUUGGUCUGCACCUUGGAUGAUCAAGUCACUGGGUCUUGUAACCCAUGAAGUCUUUUGGUCCACAAACUAUACUUAUUAGUAACAGUCCUUUCUAGAUGUAGUUACGUACAUGAUAAUUAUCGAAAACGAACUCUGAACUACGUUGCAUAGUAAGUAGUCAAAUUGUCUUCCAGGUUUAUCUUUUUGUACUUGGCAGCUAUGCCAUCUGAUGUAAAUUAUGGAUUAGGUAGACAAAUAUCUGAGAUUGGCUUA